AGCGUGCGGCCUGGGGCCCCCCGAGGCGCCGCCCCCCUCCGCGCCUCCCCCGCCCGCCCGGGCCAUGUCGGGCGAGGGCGCGGGCGGCCGCGGCGCGGCGGCCGCGGGCUCCGAGCGGGAGGGGUCCGAGGGCGCCGAGGAGGCCGAGGACUCCGCGCGGGAAAAGCCCGAGGACGACGAGGCGGCCGAGCGGGAGGAGCUUGCGGCCGCCAAGGAGGCCGAGCGGCAUGGGCCCGAGGGCGCCAAGGAGGCCGAGCGCCCGGGCACCCGGUCGCCCACGCGCAGCGAGCUGAAGGUCCCCGACUCGCGGGCCAGCUUCAGCUUCCUGGACGCGCAGGAUGCCUACCAGUCCCUGCCCUCGACCGCGCCCACUGGCGCCGACCGCAUGGGCACCAGGCUGUGGGCCGGCCUGGAGCUGCCGGAGAUCGAGACCAGGACUCGCGAGAUGGCGGUGGAGCUGCUGCAGCCGACCGUCCAGAGGGUGACGGGCCUGGAGGCCGAGUUCGCCGACCUGGCCAGGGACCUCAAGGGCAUUUCGAUCGCAGUGGACGAGCAUUGGCGGACCAGGUCCCUGGUGGAGCUGCAGAACGAGACGCUUACAGCAUUCAGGGCCGAGAUGGCCAGGUGGGAUAUGCUCAGAAUGGAACAGGAAGGCACUGUCAAGACGUCCCUGGCGGCGUUCCGCAAGGAGGUCGACGACCUGCGGUACCGCUGCACGAGGAUAGACUCGGCGAUGGAGACUUGCUCCCGCGGCGCCACCCGCAACAACCAGGCGCUGGAGGAGCUGCAGCGCACCACGGACUCUCUGCGCUCGCACCUCACCGAGUCCGUGGAUGGAGUCAAGCGGGUCAGCGGCCCGCUGCCUGCCCACACUGGGAGGAGAGGGGAGGCCUCACCGACCCCUGGCGCACUGGGAUCGUCACGGAAGGGUUGGUUAGGCCGCGCUUGAGAGGAACGGAAGGGGGUCG